AUGACAUGUAAUUCAUGUAUAUGGAAUAUAGAAAAUCGCUUAAGUGAAUUAAAUGGGAUAAUUCAAUCAGAUGUUAAAAUUGGUGAAUGUACAAUUGAAUAUGAUGAACACAAAAUACCAAAUGUACAAUAUUUAAUAGAUCAACUAACAUUUGAUGAGUUUCAAUCAACAUUAAUAACAAUGGAAACAGUUUAUUUUAUACAUGUUUUGAUUAAUGUUGUUCGAAAAGAAAAUCAAUUAUAUACUAUUGAGCGUUUAAAAUCAUCUAUAAUAAAUAUUAUUGAUGUUAAAUUCGUUUAUAAUGAAAACGAUAAUGACUGUAAUCAAAUAAAAAUUAAGUAUUAUAAUACAAAACAAAUUAAAAGUACUGAUGAUUUAUUAACAGAAAUAAAUAAUUGCGGUUAUGAUACACAAUUAAUAUCACCAUCGACAACAUCAUUAUCAUCAUUACCAACAACUAUUCAAGAGCAACAACAAAAUCAUCAUACAAGUAACGGUGAUAUUGUUCAUCAGAAAAGUACGUUAACACCAGUAAGUAAACUAUCACCCAUUCCAAAGAAAAAAUUAACAACAACAGACAAUCAACAAAAUAAGAAUGAUGCAAUUGAGACUGAAACCUGUUUUUUUCAAGUGCUUGGAAUGUCAUGUGCGUCUUGUGUCAGCAAAAUACAAAAAAGUUUAUCAAAAGUUGAAGCAAAAGCUGAAGUAAAAUAUGAUCCAGAAUAUUUGUUCCCAGCACAAAUAACAAACUUAAUCCAAGAUUUAGGCUUCACAGCUAAAGUUAUUGAUUCAGUGGAACGUGGAAUGGAUAUUAUGGAUGUCAAUAUUACUGGAAUGACAUGUGCAUCAUGUGUAUCCGCCAUUCAAACUAACAUGACAAAAGUCAAAGGAAUUGUUUCAACAGAUGUUUCUUUAUUAACAAAUCGUGGAAGAAUUAAAUUUGAUGCCAGCCUAAUUGGACCGAGAGAUAUUCUGGAAGAACUUGAUAAUCUCGGUUUUCCCGCAACUGUUUUAGCACAAGACUCAAAUUCAGAUAAUUUAGAGAAAAUGCAUCGACGAGUAACACAUCAAUGGAAAAAUUCUUUUUUGUUGGCUGCCAUCUUUGGCAUUCCAGCCAUGGUGAUAAUGUUAGUUUUUACGUUUUACUAUGAAGAUCACGGUGAUGAUCCAAUGAUUGGAAACAGUCGCAUGUCCGUUGGAAAUUUAGUGCUGUUCUUAUUAGCUACUCCAGUUCAGAUCAUCAGUGGGCGUUAUUUUUAUAUUCAAGCUUAUAAAGCUUUGAAGCAUCGAACAGCCAACAUGGAUGUUUUAAUUGUUGUAGCAACAACAAUAUCUUAUGCUUAUUCUAUUAUCGUCGUUAUUGUAAAUUUAUCGUUAAAUUUACCUAGCCCAAUAGUGUUUUUUGAUGUGCCACCAAUAUUAUUGAUGUUCGUUUCGUUAGGAAGAUGGCUAGAACAUAUAGCAAAAGGGAGAACGUCCGAAGCCUUAAAAAAGUUAUUAGCACUUCAAGCACCAAAAGGAACAUUAGUAAAACUGGAUUCAAAUGGAACCAUAGUUGAGGAAAAAUCAAUUCUUUCACAAUUAAUCCAAAGAAAUGAUUUAUUAAAAGUUUUACCAGGUGAAACAAUUCCAACGGAUGGUACGAUUAUCGAUGGUACAACAACGUGUGAUGAAGCAAUGCUAACUGGUGAAUCGAUGCCAGUCGAUAAAACAGUGGAAGAUCAAGUGGUUGGUGGUACAAAAAAUAUAAACGGUCAAAUAAUAAUGAAAGCAACACAUGUUGGACAAGAAACAGCUUUAAAACAUAUCAUAAAAUUAAUUGAAGAUGCACAAACAUCACGAGCACCAAUCCAAGAGGUCGCUGAUACAGUAGCAGGAGUAUUUGUUCCUGUUAUACUUUUAACUUCAUUGACAACAUUAAUUAUAUAUAUCAUUAUUGGCUACACUAGCUAUGACAAUAUAAAGCAAUAUUCGUCUUACGGUCAUUUUAGUGGUAUUCAUGCUAGUCAAAGCGAAAUAGUAUUUGAGUUAGCCUUUCGUUAUGCAAUAACCGUUUUGUGCAUCGCUUGUCCUUGUGCCCUUGGAUUAGCAACACCCACAGCUGUUAUGGUUGGGACAGGAGUUGGUGCAAGAAAUGGGAUUUUAAUCAAAGGCGGUGAACCCUUAGAAACAGCAAGGAAAAUUCGAACAAUAGUUUUCGAUAAAACAGGAACAAUAACAAAAGGAAAACCAAGUGUAAUUGAUAAACGAAUAUUUAUACAAAAUGAAUAUAUGACACUCGAUUCGAUGAUUGCUAUUGCUGGUACAGCUGAGAGUGGUAGUGAACACCCACUUGGGUUGGCUGUUCGAAAUUAUUGCAAAGAAUAUUUUGCUACAGAGCAAUUAGGACGAUGUCAAGAUUUUAAAGCUAUUUGGGGUUAUGGAUUAAGUUGUAAAGUUACUGGUAUUGAUUUUCUUCUCAAACGUACGAACAAAAUGAAUGAUAGAAUAGAUGAUCUGACACCUGCAAUAUUAGAUAAAACGUAUAAUGUGCUAAUUGGUAAUCGUAAAUGGAUGAUGAGAAAUAAGCUUGAAGUUGAUGAAGGUGUCGAUAAAACAAUGGUGGCACAUGAACAAGAUGGUCACACAGCUAUUUUAAUUGCUGUUGAUGAUAAAUUAGUUGGUAUGAUUGCAAUUGCUGAUGAAAUAAAACCAUCAGCACCAAUCACAAUUUAUGCAUUACAAUCAAUGGGUUUAAAUACUGUAUUAUUGACUGGCGAUAAUGUAAAAACAGCUCGAGCUAUUGCUGCACAAGUUGGUAUCAAAAAUGUAUUUGCUGAAGUAUUACCCGCAGAUAAAGAACGUUUUAUAGCUAAAUUAAAAGAACAAAUGCCAAAAAAUAAUAAAGUAGCAAUGGUUGGUGAUGGUAUCAAUGACUCACCAGCAUUAGCUCGAUCAGAUGUUGGCAUUGCCAUUGGAACGGGUGCCGAUGUAGCUGUUGAAGCAGCAUCGAUUGUUCUUAUCCGAGAUGAUUUAUUUGAUGUUGUUGGCGCAAUAUUCUUGUCAAAGAAAACAGUGUGGCGUAUUAGAUUAAAUCUUAUGUUUUCAGCUGUCUACAAUUUAGUUGGCAUACCCAUAGCUGCAGCUGGAAUACAAUUAAUGCCCUGGAUGGCCAGUGCGGCAAUGGCUCUAUCGUCUGUGAGUGUUGUGACAUCCUCUUUAUUAUUACGUUAUUUCAAAAAACCGCGAAUUGAAACGUAUGAAAACAGUGAUUAUCAAGAAUGGUCAUUAAAAAAAGCAUCAGACAUUAACGUACAUCGUGGGAUUGAUAAUUUACAUCGUGGCAGUAUAACAGGCAUAAAACACUCGAUGUUUGGACUGAUGAUAAAUGGAAGACUAUCUGCUGUGAAACACCAUUUUAUUGAAGAUAGUAAAGUACAAUCCCUUUUACUAUCUCCUCAGAAUUUACCAUCACGUACACAGGAUAUUGAGUAUGUGUGA